GGUGCGUGGUCGGGGGUGCCGCGCGCUGUUCUGUCGGCCCGCGAUUGGGCGAGGCCACGAGCUGCGUAACAGCUGCCAGCUCACGGGCUCAGACUGUCGCCGCCGCGUUUGCGCAGGGGGAGCUGGUCGCCGCUGCGGCCGCCUGGAAUUGUGGGGGUUGUGUCUGCCACUCGGCUGCCGGAAGCCGAAGGUGAUGGAAAUGUUACUAGGGAUGUGGAAGUCCAGGAAUGAAAAGUUGCCUAGUACUUUGAUUCCCACUUACUUCUUCCCUGCUGUUUUCUGAAGGCCAGCUAUUCUCUACUGAGGCCAACUGUGAGCCCUGGUGUGUUUCAUUGGCAGGAGAAAAGGCUAAUUAAGUGAAACCGAAAGGUCCCUGACUAUGGCUCUGCAGAGCCUGCCUUCAUCUAGGAUGGCUCCUCCGGCCAUACUGCUUGGGCUGCUGAUGGCUGCCUGCUUCACCUUCUGCCUCAGUCAUCAGAACCCGAAGGAGUUUGCCCUGACCAACCCAGAGAAGAGCAGCACCAAAGAAACAGAGAGAAAAGAAACCAAAGCAGAGGAGGAGCUGGACGCGGAAGUCCUGGAGGUGUUCUACCCGACGCAUGAGUGGCAGGCCCUUCGUCCAGCGUCCGAAGCUGGAUUGAUGCAAAGCAACAAAAUAGGGCAGGCUGUUCCUGCAGGAUCCCACGUACGGCUGAAUCUUCAGACUGGGGAAAGAGAGGCAAAACUCCAAUCUGAGGACAAGUUCCGAAAUAAUUUGAAAGGCAAAAGGCUGGAUAUCAACACCAACACCUACACAUCUCAGGACCUCAAGAGCGCACUGGCAAAAUUCAAGGAGGGGGCAGAGAUGGAGAGUUCAAAGGAAGACAAGGCAAGGCAGGUUGAGGUAAAGCGGCUCUUCCGCCCCAUUGAGGAACUGAAGAAAGACUUUGAUGAGCUGAAUGUUGUCAUUGAGACUGACAUGCAGAUCAUGGUACGGCUGAUCAACAAGUUCAAUAGUUCCAGCUCCAGUUUGGAAGAGAAGAUUGCUGCGCUCUUUGAUCUUGAAUAUUAUGUCCAUCAGAUGGACAAUGCGCAGGACCUGCUUUCCUUUGGUGGUCUUCAAGUGGUGAUCAAUGGGCUGAACAGCACAGAGCCCCUCGUGAAGGAAUAUGCUGCGUUUGUGCUGGGGGCUGCCUUUUCCAGCAACCCCAAGGUCCAGGUGGAGGCCAUUGAAGGGGGAGCCCUGCAGAAGCUUCUGGUCAUCCUGGCCACGGAGCAGCCACUCACGGCAAAGAAGAAGGUCCUCUUUGCGCUGUGCUCCCUGCUGCGCCACUUCCCCUAUGCCCAGAGGCAGUUCCUGAAGCUCGGGGGGCUGCAGGUUCUGAGGAGCCUGGUGCAGGAGAAGGGCACAGAGGUGCUGGCCGUGCGCGUGGUCACACUGCUCUACGACCUGGUCACGGAGAAGAUGUUCGCCGAGGAGGAGGCUGAGCUGACCCAGGAGACGUCUCCAGAGAAGCUGCAGCAGUAUCGCCAGGUACACCUUCUGCCAGGCCUGCGGGAACAGGGCUGGUGCGAGAUCACGGCCCACCUCCUGGCGCUGCCUGAGCAUGACGCCCGUGAAAAGGUGCUGCAGACACUGGGUGUCCUCCUGGCCACCUGCCGGGACCACUACCGUCAGGACCCCCAGCUCAGCAGGACACUGGCCAGCCUGCAGGUUGAAUACCAGGCGCUGGCCAGCCUGGAGCUGCAGGACGGUGAGGACGAGGGCUACUUCCGGGAGCUGCUGGGCUCUGUCAACAGCUUGCUGAAGGAGCUGAGAUGAGGCCCCACACCAGGACUGGACUGGGACGCUGCUAGUGAGGCUGAGGAGUGCCAGCGUGGGUGGGCUCUUCAGGCAGGAGGACAUCUUGGCAGUGCUGGCUUGGCCAUUAAAUGGAAACCUGAAGGCCAUCCUC